GAGCCCCGGACCCGUGCGCCCCCAGCCCCCCCGCGCCAUGGGGGGCAGCCUGGGCUGCCACCGCUCCAUCCCCCGGGACCCCACCGACCUGAGCUGCGGGAAGCAGCGCAAGUUCAGCGCGGCGUGCAGCUUCGGGCCGGUGCUGGUGAACCAGGAGCGGCUGAACAUCAACUGCGCCACCGCGGAGGAGCUCAUGACCCUGCCGGGCGUCGGGCGCGCCGUGGCGCAGAACAUCGUGGAGUACCGCGACUGCAUCGGCGGCUUCCGCAAGGUGGAGGACCUGGCCCUGGUCAGCGGGGUCGGGGCCACCAAGCUGGAGGCCAUCAAGCUGGAGAUCUGCGUGUCCAGCAGGACCGGCUCGUCGCAGCACUCGCCGUCGUCGCUGCGCCGGGACGCGGAGCCGGCGUGGCCGUGCGCCGGGAUCAACGUCAACACCGCCACGCCCGCGCAGCUCAUGAGCGUGCGCGGCAUGACGGACCGGAUGGUGCAGAACGUGGUGGCCUACCGGGCCGAGCACGGGCCCUUCAGGAGCAUCGAGGACCUGGUCCGAGUCCAGCACAUCAACAGCUCGCUGCUGGACAGGAUCCGCUUCCAGGUGUACGUGGAGCGCGCCGCCGGCACGCCCUCCACCUACACGCACGGGGGACACCCCACGUCCCACCCGAGCCCCACGUCCCUCAGCGUGGGCAGCGAGGACCUGGAGCUCCCCCCCGGGGGCCCCAGCAUGAUGCUGGCCCUGCGCCCCAGGGUGGAGCCGCCGCCCGCGCUGCGUAACGGCAGGCGCGUCCUGCGCCUCGCCACCUGGAGCCUGCAGGGCUGCUCCUGCGAGAAGGCCAACAACCCGGGGGUCAAGGAGGUGCUGUGCAUGACCCUGCUGGAGAAUGACAUCAAGUUACUGGCGGUGCAGGACCUGUUGGAGCCGGAGGCGCUGGAGAAGUUCUGUGUGGAGUUAAACCAAGGAACACUUGCCAGUGUACGGAAGUGGAAAAGGCCGCGAGGACUGUGGAAAAGCAUUGUGUCUGAAAAACCCACCGGACACUCCAGCAAGGGCGACAGCUACUCUGGCUUUCUCUGGGACACCUCAUCAGGAAUUAGUCUGAAAGAUGCCAAAGUCCUGGAACCUCCUGCCGUUAACAGCAAUGGGAAUCAUUCUUACCCCCGAUUCCUCCUGGCUCACUUUUCAGUGGGCUCCAACGACCUGACGCUGGUCAACGUCCACAUGAGGGCCGGAGCCUCAGGAGCAGAGUCCUCUGGUAAAACGCACAGUUCAGACGACGCUAGGUGCCAGCGCUUCUCCCGCAGCAUCCAGGAAGCUCUCAAAGGUGAGAAGGAGUUGCUUGUGAUGGGAGACUUUGGCUCCCCUCCCCAGAGCUCGGAGCUUGACAUACUGAGAAAGGAGAAGUUCUCUGCCCUGUUACCAUCCAGCCAGUUCACCAACAUCAGCACCCGCUGCCCUCAGGGCACCCACUGUCUGGACAACAUCUGGGUCAGCCGCUCCCUCAAGAAGAUCUACUCAGGCCGGUGCGUGGUGGUGCGGGAGGGCCUGACUAAUCCCUGGAUCCCUGAUAACUGGUCCUGGGGGGGUGUAGCUUCAGAUCACUGCCCCGUGGUGGCAGAGUUUUACUCCGACCCCUUUCUUAAGGAGAUGAGCGGACCUGGCACGGCAGUGGUGGACAGAGGAGACAUUGUACCCAAACAUGAGCGGUGACAGCACUGCUCCGUUUCCACGGAGACAUCAGACUGCCAUCUCAUGGUUGGCCGUGGAGCAGCGUUCCCCAUGAAUGUGAAGUGCCAAAAUUGCCUCUUGGGUUUUAAUAUAUCUAAUGUAACUAAUAAGUCAUAAAGCCAUAAAAUGUUUAAAUAUAUAUAUAUAUAUAUAUAUAUAUAUAUAUAUAUAUAUAUACACAUAUAGUUUACUUUAAAAAUAAAUGUGCCAAACAUUUUCUAUAUGUAUAUAAAAUAAAGAGAAGUGAAUUGAA